AUCGGGGGCAACUGGGAGGAACGGGAAAAUGAGUGAGGAGAGAUCUGAGAAUAGGCCUUGAUGUACAGGUGUCCAUGGAAGGAAUCUUCUAGAGAAAAGGCCGCCCAAUACUUGACACAAUGAGGAGGGGGAGGCAGCUGCACUGAAAUGUCAGAGGCGUUUGCUCAGCUGACACCAGUUGCUGAAAACAGAAACACUACGGCCCCGUCAUAAAUCCCCCUCAGCCCCUCACAGGUCUUAAUAUAGACACGGCAUCAUCUGAAGUCCAGCUGAGUCCCAGCACCAUCUCUCCUGGUUGGGAGUUCUACUGCCCAUUGCCUGCCCAUUGCCUACACUCUCACUCCUCGCUUGGUCCUUGUGCCAAUACAAAGCCUAUAAUGUCCCAGGGUUCCGACCAAGAGGAGCAAUUUGAGGACAUCGAUGAGGAUGAAAUCUUGGCCAAUUUGUCCCCAGAGGAACUGCGGGAGCUGCAGAAUGAGAUUGAAGUGCUAGCUCCGGAUCCAGAGGUGCCAGUGGGCAUGAUACAGAGAGACCAGACAGAGAAAGCUCCGACGGGUCAAUUUGAUCAUAGAUCCCUGAUUGAUUAUCUGCACUGGGAGAAGGAAUCCAAGCGAAUGCUGGAAGAGGAGAGGGUUCCAGUGACUCUGCUGCCAUCUGAGAGAAACUUUCUGAGAUCUGAGACGGAGGAAGCCUGCAACCAAAAAAAAGAUGAAGAAGCAGCUGUGGAUUUACCCAAAACCCUUCCAGAUUAUAAAGACAAUGCAGUGGAAAAUCACAUCAUUGACACAGAAGAGAAAUGUAUAGAAAAUAAUGAUAAGCCAGAGACGCCAUCACAUGACAACUCUGAUGCAGAUUCAGAAAAAGCCACCGGAAAUGAAGAUAUAAAAGCCAUCAAGAAUGAAGAUAUAAAAGCCACCGAGCAUGAAGAUAUAAAAGCCAUCAAGAACAAAGACAUAAAAGCCACCGAGAAUGAAGAUAUAAAAGCCACCGAAAAUGAAGAUAUAAAAGCCAUCGAGAAUGAAAAUAUGGUGGAAAACUGCAGCAGCCAACCAGAAUGUGACGCAAAUAAACCAACUCCUGAAGUUGUGGAAAACGAGAAACCCAAAGAAGAAAUUAGCAACAGCGUUCAGGCAACCAAUGACAUUUCUGAUCCGGUUGAAAAAUAUCCAGAAAAUAAGCCAAACGGAAAAGUGGGCAAAUUAAACCUACCCAAGAAAUUGACCCUUGACAGCAGCUUCAUAAAGAUGAGCGCAAGGCCUUCUGGGAACCAAACCAACCUGGACAGAACACUGCAGAGUAUUCGAGAGAACAACGCAGAUGUGAAAGAAGUAAACUUGAAUAAUAUAGAGAAUAUUCCCAAAGAGAUGCUGGCUGAUUAUGUAAAUGCCAUGAAGAAAAACAAAUACGUGAAAGUAUUCAGUAUGGCCAACGUGGGCGUCGAUGAUAAUGUGGCUUUUACCAUCGCCAACAUGUUACGUGAAAACAGAAGCAUCGUCACCCUAAACAUCGAAUCCAACUUUAUCUCUGGGAAAGGGAUUGUAGCCAUCAUGAGAUGUCUCCAGUUUAAUGAGUACCUGACCGAGCUGAGGUUCCACAAUCAGAGACACAUGCUGGGUCAUCAUGCUGAGAUGGAGAUAUCAAGGCUGCUCAAGGCCAACAACACCUUACUAAAAAUCGGAUACCACUUUGAGUUGCCUGGUCCAAGGAUGGUUGUUACCAAUUUGCUCAGCCGGAAUUUAGAUAAGCAAAGGCAGAAGAGGAAAGAAGAGCAGAAGCAGCAGCAGGUCAAUGAGCAAGACGAGCUUAUGGCCGCACUAGAGAAUGCAUUAGAACUGGGCAUCCCUAGGGAACUUUUAGAGAUGUUGGAUAGAUCUCUUCCAAACUCUAGACUGCAAGAGGUACCAGAGGAAACGCCACCACCUCCUUUGUCACAACAGAACCCAAACAGACAAAUUAAAGACAAGCCUAAACAAGUCCCAGAGACCCAACAUAACCCUGAGCCUCCUCCAUUCCAAGAGGUAAAGCUCAAGAGGUUUCAACCCAAAUCCAUCGCCCAAAAGCUAUUAGAAGAGGCAGAUAAAUCCUGUGUCAUAAAUAGGAUCCAGCUGAAGAGAACAAGGCCAAAAGCAAGUACAUUGGAAAAUACUCAGCCAUCCGAGAAAACCAAUCUCAAGGAUGUAAUAAAGACUCUUAAGCCAGUCCCACGAAACCGACCACCUGCCCUUGUACAGCUGACACCCAGAGAUGAGCUUUUAAGCGAUAUUCGCCAGAGUAACGUUGCCUACCUUAAAUCGGUACCUUUACCCAAGGAGCUGGAGUAAGAUGCGGAGAGAAUGAACUACAAGGUGGAUUUUGAAUAUUAGACUGUACAAAGUUUAUUUUUGAAAAUAAGUUCUAAGGAGAAUGGAGAAACUGAAGAGCAGUUGGGCCAGAUCAACACAGCACACUGGGGAUGGAUGGGAUGGAAAGGUUCUGCACUGGAGACAGAUGAUGUAGUAUUUUGUAGUGCAAAUGGAAAAUGCAUCCUGCUGGGUUACAUGAUUAAAGUUCAUAAAUGAUAGAAGAAAGUCGGCCUACAUACAUAAGGAACAUACCUCGAGCUAUUUGACUAUUAUCAGCUCGAUCUGUAAUUGUGUAUUUACUAGAAUAAGGCUUCCAUCCGUCCCCAUUUCCCAGGGACGGGCCCUGUUUAAGGACCUCGGUCCCCGGGAAAAAUGUCCCCGUUCUCUUGAAGUCUGUCUAAAGAGCACUAUUUUGGUGUGCAGAAAGUUGGCAGCGCAUUUAUAAUUCUGCCAUUUCCGUGAACAUUAAACAUGACAUGGAACCCGACCCGUUUGUUGCAGUAUACAGUAGGUCUAUACAUCAACCAAUACAGAUAUCCUAUUUAUCCAACUGCGAAAGUCUUACGUGAAAGAGAUUGUUUUUAUAUUAGUGAGAAUUAAUGAAGCGCAAUAAAAAUAUAUAUAUAUAUUUCUCA